AUGAAGCUAACUGCCAAGUGCAAAAGCUCCAAUGCUCUAAUCUUUCAGUCAUUCCUCAUUUCAGAUAAAACAUGUGAUAGUUUUAAGGUCAGAGCAACAUCAGUUCCUGAAAACAUAGAUGACACAAAGGACUCCAGCGGUUUGGCUAGGACCUUGCAGCUUGGAGCCAUUCUACCAUCGACCAUAGCUUACUCGUUCACAGGUACUUCUGUAAUUUUCAUCACAUAUCUAUAUUUCUGUUCUGCAAUCAGUAUUUUACAAAGCAGUUUUCAGGUUGCAACAAUCAUUCCAUUGGCUGCUGCUCACACUCUUGGCAACCUUUUGACUAAUGUUAGUCUUGGGAAAGUUAAUGUCUCAUUCACUCACACAAUUAAGUCAAUAGUGCCCUUCUUCACAGUCUUAUUCUCAGUUCUAUUUCUUGGAGAGUGGCCUACUUUCUGGAUAGUGUCCUCUCUCAUGCCAGUUGUAGGUGGAGUGGCAUUAGCCUCAUUCACUGAGGCAUCUUUUAAUUGGAUUGGCUUCUGUAGCGCAAUGGCUUCCAAUGUGACUAACCAAUCGCGUAAUGUGCUCGGUAAAAAGUUCAUGGUUAGAAAAGAGGACACUUUGGACAAUAUCAAUCUCUUCUCUGUAAUAACCAUAAUUUCAUUUAUCCUAUUGGUUCCUGCUGCCAUUUUAAUGGAAGGUGUCAAGUUCACUCCUUCAUAUCUCCAAUCUGCUGGAGCUAUGCAUAAGGUCGCUUCUGGCAGGAUUCUGUUUCCACAAUUAUCAGCAGGAAAUUGUGUUAAGAGGGUUGUGGUCAUCGUCUCUUCGGUUAUCUUCUUUCAAACGCCUGUUUCACCUAUUAAUUCCCUUGGCACUGCAGUGGCUCUUACUGGAGUCUUCUUGUAUUCGAAAGCAAAGCGAAUGAAGCCAAAGCCAAAGGUUGCAGGAGUUUGUAUUAAAUUUAGAUGGAAAAAAGGUCUCUAGCUAAAUGUUCUUAACGGUUUUAAGAUCGCCAAACAUAAAUGAGUUUUAAGAUCGAAAUAAAUGAGGGAGUUGUCACCGAUCUUUGUUAGGAUGUGAUUGGUCACCCAAAAAUUUAUCUUUUCAAUAAAACUAUAAAAGCAAGUUUAAAGUUAAUCAAAAAGAUAAAUUUUGAUUUACGAAAAAUCAGGUUAGAUCCGAGAGUCGGUUAUGUGUAGAGAAAGAUUAGCACCCCCACAACGCCCAUAACUUGGUACCCUUUAAUUACGCACUAUUUUCAGUGUUGGAUAAAAAUAGUUUCAAUUUAAAAUUUAACACUAAUUCCCUUCAUUUGAAAA